AUGGGCAUCUCGAGCAUGCCGGCGCCCAAGGACAGCCUGCUGGGGUUCGUGCUGUACAACGCGGCGGCGUCCGUCGCGAUCCUGUCGGGGCUGGUGCGCGCCGCGCUGCUCUUCCUGGGCGUGUCGGCGCCGUCGUCGUCCCCGUGGGAAGCGGAGGAGGAGCGGCAGCAGUCGGUGACGGUCACGGCCGUGGGGCCCACCCUCGCGGACCGGUUCCGGAGCAGGUUCCGGCCGUCGCGCUUCGGGCGGCGCCGCGGCGGUGGCGCGGGCUCGGGAGGGGCGGACUGCCGCGUGUGCCUGGUGCGGUUCGAGCCGGAGUCGGUGGUGAACCGGCUCCCUUGUGGACACCUCUUCCACCGCGCCUGCCUCGAGACCUGGCUCGACUACGACCACGCCACCUGCCCGCUCUGCCGCCACCGCCUCCUCCCCGCCGCAGACGACGAGCUCCGCCAGACCGUCCCGGAGCCCCGCCUCGUCCGGUUCUAG